UGUGCAGAUAAAGUGUAUUCAAAUGUGAUUUAUAAGGCUUAAGCGGUAUUAAAUAUGAAAUAAAUCAACAAAAUAAUUCCAAACAUAAACACAGUUAUGCAAACAAUGCGUGAAGAUACAAACACCUGCAGUAUGCCUGCGUGCUACGAGAAGGAUAUUUCAGUUGCGUGUGUUAUCCUUAGGAAAUAUAUGAAAUUUCAAUAAACAAAAUUUGUAUAAAAGUUAUUUAUAAUCCACAAGUAGCAAAUAAACGUUUGUGUGUACGCACUCGAGCUUCCAGCUACAAAGAAAAUCUGCAAUUACAAUAGUUGCAAACGUUGUGGAGAGGAAGAGCAGCAGCAUUGUUCGGUAUUGGCAAAAGUGUGAACUAAAGUUUCUGCAAAACAAAUAUCAAAAAAAAUAAUACCAACAGCUGCAGUAACACAAUUGGGACUGCCACGGGCAACAGACAAGCAGCCAACAACCAACAGCUAACAGCUAACAGCCAACAGACACAAGACGCUCCACAACAGUGAAAAAAUGGAUUCGAAGAGCUUCUACAUUUUGACAUUGCUGGCAGCUGUCACUUUAAGAACGGUUGUUGCCGUUAGCAAUGCCACAGGUUUGCAGGGCGGAAUAGCAACUGCAACUUCAACCGCAACAGCAACAGCAACAAUUGCAAGUGCAGCAUCAGCGCAGGCAUUGAAAAAUGUUUCAGUUGCUGCGAGUAUAACAACAUCAAUUAAUGCAACAUUAGCCACAAACACUUCAACAGCAAAAUCAAGUGAAACUGCAAUAAUACAAGCGGCUUCACUAACAAGUGUAAUAACAUCAUCAGCUACAGCAGCAAUUACAUUAAAUGACACAACAUCAGUUGAAGUGUCUGCAAUAAGUUUGUCAUCCGCCGAGAUAGCAGAUGCAGAUGCAGAUGCAAACACUAAUGCGACAAAUUUAUCACAUAAACAUGCAAAUAAUUCACUUGAUGAUGAUGAAGAGGAGGAUGACUUGCACCUAUCAUCGGAUUCAUUAACGAAAGGAUUCUCUAUUCCCACAUUUUUACCACCAUUUCCUGAAUUUGCGGUGGCAGAUUUGCCAAACUAUAUAACCACAACGUUACCACCGACAAUUGCAGAUAAUGAUAUAUUUCAGGGGGAAGAUCAAAUUUAUUUGGAUGCUUAUACUAAACAAUUGUCAAGGCGCAAUUUAACAAGACACUCGACAAAUAUUACAGUACAAAUGGGUAAUCACGCCUAUCUACCAUGCAAUAUACGUCGUAUUUCAAAUAAACCUGUGUCUUGGGUUCGUGUACGUGAUGGACAUAUACUUACUGUAGAUCAAACCACUUUCAUAGCCGAUCAACGUUUCCAGUCCAUUUAUAAAGAAGAAGAUAACUUCACUUGGUCCUUACAAAUAAAAUACGUACAACAAAACGAUGAAGGCUGGUAUGAGUGUCAAGUGGCUGUCGAGUCUAAAAUGAGUGCUAAAGUUUAUUUAAGCGUUGUUG